UAUACUUAGAAUACAAUACAUGAUUUUUUUUGACUGAUAUUUGGAAUUUUUGUUUGAAAAUAUUAAGAAAAUACUUUUAUAUUUGAAAGAUUCGUUUUUCAAUAUUUUAAGACAAACUUAAACAGAAGUUCAACAGAAAUAAACAAUAUACAUACAUAUAUACACAUCCAUUAUAUUGUAUAUUACUUCAAUCGGAGAUUUUGAAAUAAACGUGAUGGAUGAUAUAAAUGAUUUUUUCGAUUUCUCAAAGCCUUUCAAAAGAACAGUUGUCUCAGGUGGCUGCGUAAAUGGAAGAUGUAUGCCAGAUGAAACUUUUCGGAGUGAGGUAAUACCGAAACGGGAAGUGAUAGGCAAAGAAUAUUCAAAAAAACUAGCUGUGGCCGAAGAAAUAAAUGUGCUUGAGGAUGAUUAUGCUGUAUCAGCUGGUCCUUCAUCUGGCAGAUCGUCAAAUAUAUCUCGCAGUUUUAUGGAAACAAUGGAAGACGACACAGAUGAAGAUAUUAAUAUGGACAAAAAGCCUAAGGAUGACAUUUACGAAAAAUAUAAUUUUUCUAAAAGAACUCAUAUAGAUUUACCAAUUUUCGAUACCCGGGAAGAUAUUAUAGAAUUAAUACAUAGAAAUCGCGUUGUGGUUCUGGAAGGAGAAACAGGAUGUGGUAAAACAACCCAGCUUCCACAAUUUAUAUUAGAUGAUGCAUAUAAAAAUCGUGAAUAUUGUAACAUUGUAUGUACACAACCAAGACGUAUUGCUGCAAUAAGCAUUGCACAACGUGUUGCUGAAGAAAGAAAUUGGAAAGUUGGAACAAUUGUUGGAUACCAAGUUGGUCUACAUAAAGAACUUAAUCCUGAUACCAGAUUACUAUAUUGUACAACAGGAGUUUUGUUGCAAAAGUUGAUAAAAGCUAAGGAUCUCGCAUCCUACACUCAUAUAAUUCUUGACGAAGUUCAUGAAAGAGAUCAAGAUAUGGAUUUUUUGUUAAUCGUAAUUAAAAAGCUAAUACGAAAAGCACCCGAUACCAAAAUAAUUUUAAUGUCAGCUACAAUCGAUACUAAAGCAUUUUCAGAAUAUUUCAAAACUGUUCGAGGUAAAAUAUUAAUCCCCGCACCAGUGUUAAAAGUAGACACAAGAAGGUUAUAUAAUGUUAAGAUAUUUUAUAUAGAAGAUUUGAGCAAAAUAACAGAUAAUGAAAAUUUUCGUAUAGAUUACGAUACUCCUGGUAUUUCUGAUAGUUUACAUAAAGUUGUUUUGAAAUUAAUAAUCAAUUUGGAAAUAUUGGACAAAUCAGAUUCUGAAUCUCAGGAACUUGCUCAUAAACCUUCCAUUUUAAUAUUUUUACCAGGCAUAAACGAAAUUGAUAAAAUGGAAAAUGUUUUGGAAGGUUUAAGAACUUUAAUUGCUGUACAAAUGAACGUUUCUGUAAUUCGAUUACAUUCUAUGAUAUCACCGGAGGAGCAACAGAAGGCGUUUAGAAAUCCUGCUCCAGGGUACAGGAAAAUUAUUUUAGCUACAAAUAUCGCUGAAAGUUCCAUCACCGUUCCUGAUGUUAAAUAUGUUAUCGAUUUUUGUCUCACUAAGAAUUUAGUGACAGAUACUAGCUCAAAUCUAACAUCUUUGCAACUCCAAUGGGCUAGCAAGGCGAAUUGUAAACAGAGAGCGGGUAGAGCUGGUCGUGUGAUGAAUGGGCGAGUCUUCAGGCUUGUAACAAAAGAUUUUUAUAAUCUUCACAUGCCUGAGCAGUCAUCACCGGAAAUGACGCGUUGUCCUUUGGAAAAUAUUGUGCUGAAAGCUAAGAUGCUGGAUAUGGGGCCCCCUAAUAAUAUAUUAGGUUUGGCGUUGGAUCCACCGAAUUUGUCGGAUAUUCGCAACACAAUAUUAACAUUAAAAGAAGUGGGUGCAUUAUUUUCCACGAUUAAUGGAACAUAUGAUGUAGAUGACGCAGAUUUAACUUUUGUGGGAAGAGUGAUGGCACAACUUCCGAUUGAUAUUCACCUAUCCCGGUUAAUAAUUUUUGGAUAUAUUUUCAGUAUUUUAGAAGAAACUAUUAUUAUAGCUGCUGGAUUAAAUGUGAAAAGCAUAUUUGAUUUCCCAUAUCAAGCUCAGCUUUCUGCUUACUCUUCAAAGCUGACUUGGUCUGAUGGAUCCGGAAGUGAUUUAUUCGCUAUUAUAAGCGCUUAUAGAGUUUGGUUAAGCAAGUAUGAACAGGGACAAUUUAAAAAUGAAAAUGCUGAGGCGGCAUGGUCUCGACGUUUUUAUAUUAAUUCGAGAUCAAUGAAGGAAAUGCACUAUUUGGUUUUGGAAUUAAAAUCUCGUUUACAAUUUAUUGGUAUUAAAGAAAAUACAGGAGCAUAUCGGGUCAAUUGGCUUGAUCAUGAAAGGGCUAUUGCAUUAAAAGUUGCUAUAGCAGGGGCCUUUUAUCCUAAUUACUUUCUAAGAGCAACUAUUGACCAAUAUGAAAGUGAGAAAGGGGCAUAUCAGACUUUAUGUGGUAGAAAUCCAUGCAACACUGUUUAUUUUACAGGAUUCGAUAACAAAUAUAUUGGUGAAUUUUACGUAAAAUCUAUUAAAGAUAUAUUCAAAAAAGCUAUGAUAGCUUAUAAGAAUAUUGAAGUAGAAUUUGAAGAGGGUACUCAAAAAAUAUUUGUGAAGUUCAAUAGAAUGGAAAGUUAUUCUGCGAUUAACAAUGUUCGAUUGGCUCUACCUGGUCGUGUGCAACCUGAAGUGUACAAAGCUGUGAAAAUGAGACAGCUCCAUUUUCCAGCAACUAUAAAAGUCAUGCCCGCUCGUGAUAUAGCUGUUUACGCUUCAGAAAAGAAUUUGGGACAAAUUGUUGAUGGAAAAUUUGAGUUUUAUAAACAUAAUAUCAAAGAGGCUGAAUUAAUAGUUUUACCAUCAGUUUUUACAAGAUUUGAACGAGGAAGAAUUUCUUAUAUCGAGAACUGCGGUAAAUUUUGGUUUCGUCCAAAGCAAGUGGAAAAUCAGCUUAAACAUAUUGUCGCAGAGUUAAAUAAUAAUGAAUCGUUGUAUAAAUUUGCAAGCGAUAAUCAAGUAAGUCGUGGAAUGAUAGUCGCCGCUAAACAUAAAGGAAAAUUCUUUAGAGCAAAAAUUUUACGUAGAGAGGAAGAAUCAAAAUUAAGCAACAUUCGAUUUAGAGUCAUUUUUAUAGAUUACGGGGACGUGCUGUCCAUAAGUUUAUCUGACUUGUAUGGUAUAAAUCAGAACCAUCAAAAUUCGGUUUUAGUAGAUUUACCUCCCAGAGUUUUUGAAUGUUAUUUAGCAGGAAUUGCUCCAUCUGCCAUUAAUUGUACAUCUGGUCAUUGGAUUGAACAUUCAACUAACUAUUUCAAAGAUGUAAUGAAACAAGAGUAUGAAAAGAAUAAAGAAAUUGUACUAGAAAUAUAUUCAGUCGUGAACGGAAUAUGUGCCACUUUUGUUCAUAUUGGUUCUGAAACUAUUAAUGAUAUCCUCGUGGAAAAAAAUUUUGCUCAAUAUUGUGAAGAAAAUUAUAUGUCAAAGAUUGAUAACGAUUUAAGAACUCGCAAGCAAUUUGAGCAAAGAUACAAGAAUUUUGAAAAUUUUUCCAAAAAUCAAGAAGAUGAACGUGCUUUUCUUGAAGAUUAUAUACGACAAUCCGAAUAUGGUGCGAAGAAUUUAAAUCUCGAUCCGCCCCCAGAUAACAAGUGUACCAUAAAAUUGAAUUUGCGAGGUCCUUUAAGCCCGCUUGAAACUACUUGUUUUUCAGCUACUAGAAUAGGCACUUACAAAACUGUACGUAUUGAACGUGAUUCCGUUAACUGUGUUCUUCUUAAUUCUGAUCCACAAGAUGGACAUGAAAGAAUGAUUGUUGCAGCAUCAAUUAAUGAAUCUGUGGAAAAGGAUACAAUAACUGCCCGCCAAACAAGUUUAAUGCCAAAUAUUAAAGGUUUCGCGCCACUAAUGGUUUUGAUGUUUAGUCCAAAAAUGGAGAUGAGGCGUAAUAAAAAUAAAACAAGAUUUUCUUCAAUAUUAUGUGGAUUGGGAUCACACGAGAAUGAUCCUAGAAGAUCAUUAUUCCCCGAACAUGAUAUUCUUUUGAAUUUAAAUGUGGAAAUUUCUGAAAAUGAUAUCGAAAUAAUUAACAAAAUUCGCUUUUGCAUGGAUAGCAUUUUAUUUACAAACGCUGGGGAAGAAUUUCCAGCAAAUUCGCAAAAGGAAAGAUACAACUUUACAGCAAGAGUUAAACAGCUUUUAAUACAGUUAUUGGAAAAAGAUAGGCAAUAUAUAGAAUGUGAACAAGAUUUUAAUGGCACUGAUUGGAAUCAAGUGGAAAGUAAGGAUAUGCGUGCAAUUAAAAACAUAUAUAUGGAUAGAUCUAUUUUUCCGUUGCAUGAUCAUAUGCGUUUGUAUAACGAGCCAUAUCAGCACGUUGAAAACUUACGAAAGAAUUGCAAAUUACUUCAUGAAUAUAAAAGAAUAUACACAAAUGCUACAAUCUCUGGUAAUAAUAUUAGAUGCGAGUUAUGUGGACAAAAUCUGAAUGAUAUAAUGCAAUUAAGGAUACAUUUACUAUCGAAAUUGCACAAGGACCGCGAAAAGCAAAUUGAUUUUAAACCAUAAUAAACUUUCUUAUUUUUUAUAUUAAUAUAACUUUAAUAAUUUAAUUUUGCCAAGAAAUAUGUACAUAUGUUUAAUUAACGGGAUUAAAAGUUUAAGUUUAUUUGUAAUGCACAA